UGUUGUUUACAUUUUUGAGGCUAUGUAAUAAUACAUAACAAAAAUACAAUUAUAAUUUAUUAACAAUUUUAAAGAAAAUAGUGGCCUAAACUAUGGCACAAAAAAUAGCAAACGAUAAAUUCCGAAGCGUUUUUAAAACGAUAGACCGGGACGUGUUGCGCUGGUUUCCCGGUCACAUGGGCAAGGGGCUGAAGCAAAUGCAACAAAAACUAAGAUCGGUGGACUGUAUUAUUGAGGUGCACGACGCCCGAAUACCGUUUUCGGGCCGCAAUGCCGAUUUUAAAUAUACGAUCAGCGGCGUAAAACCGCAUAUUUUGGUGCUGAACAAGGCGGACUUGAUAGAAAAAAACUUACAGCCCCGUAUAGUUGAUAGACUCGAAUCCGAUUAUCCGCAUGUAGUGUUUACGAAUUGCAAGGAUCACAGUUGUCGUGGGGUCAAAAAGAUAUUUCCUUUGGCUCAAGAGUUAAUAGGAAAUUCAAAUAGAUAUAACAGGGAAGCCGAAGACAAUUAUAAUAUAAUGGUUAUAGGGGUGCCAAAUGUUGGAAAAUCUUCACUGGUGAACGCUUUACGGGCAAGACAUUUAAAUAAGGGCAAAGCCUCGCCUGUUGGGGCCAACGCGGGCAUCACGAGAAGUGUCUUACAUAAAAUUAAAAUGUGCGAUAAGCCAUUGUUUUAUAUGCUUGAUACGCCUGGAAUUUUAACACCUAAUAUCCCGGACAUUGAUAUAGGGUUAAAAUUGGCACUUUGUGCAACUAUUCAGGACCAUCUUGUAGGCGAAACUAUUAUAGCGGACUAUUUACUGUUUUGGCUCAACCGUCAUAAGCACUUUGAGUAUGUCAGUCAUUUUAACCUGCCAAACAGUACCGAUGAUAUUUUGGAUGUUUUAGCACAUAUUAGUAAAGAGUUUAAGAAGGUUUUAAGGGUUAGAACCCCUUUAAACGAAUAUGUUUUAAGACCCAAUUUAGAGGCUGCAGCACAUAUUUUUUUAAAGUCCUUUAGGGAUGGUUCUUUAGGAAAAUAUAUGUUGGAUGAAAGUCUUUUGUAGGCAUUUAAGGUAAAUUGAAUUAAUUUUGUUUAAAAAAAAACAUUGAAUAUAUUACAACAAAUACUAAAUAUUUAACAACAAUUUUGUACUGGUAGCUAAACGUCUAGAGGUAUAAGAGUAUGUUAAAGCUAGAAUCUUAUUGUCAAUUUUAUCCCUAUUAAUAGAUAGAAAACUUGUAAGUACCUAUUAUUAUUUUGAGCAACUUUAAGAAGGAAUGUCUUGGUGGCAAUAGAACUAGAGUAGAAAUGCCAUAAAUAAAUAUAUAUUAUAAUAA